CCCGAGAAAAGGUAAGCUCCGAUAUUUUAUCAAAAGAUAAAUGCAAGCGAAGAUAUGGAGAAUUAGACCGACUUGAUGUAACUAUAAUAAAAAUACCUGGAAUUGAUAAUGGUAGUCCAAAGACGUGUAAUAAAUUAUAUUGUACUUUAGGCUGUAUAUGUGACUCCUUAGAAUUCCCUUGUACCUUAAAAACACACUGUGGUCGCUUGGAGUGCAUGUUUAAAUGUCAAUGUUCGUUUUCUAAAACAUGUGAUGAUUUGCAAUCUUUACAUGAAUUGAUCGACUUGGAUAGUAAGAUGUUUAAUUCCAAACUAGCAAAAGAAGAGCAAAAGUUUCGUCAAACUGUAGUUUUAUCAGGACAAGGUAGUGUUGUCUUGAAUUCCCAAAAAAGGGAUUGGAAAACAUCAAAAAAAUAUGCUGAUUUCUAUAGCAAAAUGUGUUUAAAGGAACGAAAGAUAACGAAAGAGCUACGCGUUGUAACUCGAAAACUUGACUGCAAAAACAUUGAACCUUGGUGUAUGGUUCAUAAUUUGUACAAAUGUUUCUGUAAAGGUAAAUUCACGGAAAAGGCGUUACCCGAAGUUAUGGAAGUCCAAUCAUUAGACGCCGAUAAUAAUGAGGCCGAACAGUCAGAUUUGAUUUCUGAUAAAAUAAGUACAAUUUCUUGUGAAUCCUCUGAUCUAAAAUCUAGAUUAAGAGCGCGAUCAAAGCAAUCUGAAGAAAUAAUAACUGUUAAAGUCCCUCCAACAUCCGAUAGUACUGAAAAGUGCGCAAGGGUAAAGUCUUAUAAAGGUAGGAAAUUUAGCAAUUGUUAUUAUUUGGAAACUAAUAGAAAAAUUUUGGAGAUGGAGAAAAAUGAUCGUAGUUUAUUAAAAAAAUUACUGACUACCAUUUACACGUGUGAUGAAAAAGAAUGUUCUCAAAAAGAAUUGCAUACUCUAGAAGUCGGUCAGCCACCAUCGAGUCUUCGAGAAUUAUUAAAUAAUGUCGUCCAGAAUAAAAUAGAAAGCAGUUCCACGGAAAACAUUGGCGAUUCUCUCAAUAUGUCACAAAAUGCUAUGCAACGAUUGCCUAAUAAAACUAAGUUAGUUGCAUGGUUAGAAGCUAGUUAUAAACAAUACAAAGAACGUACUGACCAAGGUAUUGUAACAAUGUCCCUAGAUCCACCUAAAAUUGGGAAAGUAGCCUUGUAUCCAUGGGAAUUCAUACUAAGCCGAUAUCGCGAACGUAAAAAUUUGUUUUUAAUUACUAAACAAAAGCCGUAUCGUAUACUUAUGGCUGUUAAUACGAAAAAUACGUUUUUUGAAAGUUGCAUAAAUAUUAAUGAUAUUGCUUUAACCGAACUUGAAAAAUAUCCAGUAACAGUGAAAAAUUUGCUAACAAAUGCUACGGAUUUAAAGGACAAUUUCUGUAUAUUGUGUGGACUAUCACAUUGCUGGGAACUGAUUGGGUCGGUAACAAAAGUAAACGAACCCAAGAUAAAUGAGACAGAAUUAACUACAUUCAAUUGUGAUAGUGAUAGUUUAGAUUCCGAUAGGGAAUCAUUUAGUUCCAGUUUUGUAGAAGAAAUCUCUCAAGAAUCUUGUAUAACAGAAAAUGUCAAAAGCUUACAAGAAAAGGAAAUACAAAAUAUUACAAAUGACUCGGAUUUAUCAAAAUGGUUUGUAAUGACUGUUGAAAAUGAUUUUAAUGAAAUACAUUUUUACCAAAAAGGUUUCUAUGUCAAGUAUGAUAGUGUUAUAAAGGCUAUAAAUGUGUCACGACUGUCAGGUAAAACCGUAAGACUCUCAUCUUCACAAAAAUGUGCCAAUUCUCUGACAUGUCCACAAUUUGGAAUUUAUGCCACACCUAAUGAAAAUGAUCUUAAUGUGUUUAUUGGUCCAUACGAGCGACACGAACCCCUUGGUAUAGAAACUAUAAAAACUGAUAUUACAAGAGAUAAUUCAAGACAAACCAGAGGCACUUGGAUCAUGGUAAAUACAGUGGAUAAUGUUAGAAUUAUCGAUCAACCACUAGCCUUUUUACCAUCAACCUAUGAAAAAUGCGAUAUGAUUUCAUUAGAAAGUGAAAUGGUAUCUGAAGAAAAGAGCGCUGAGCAAAAAGAACAAAUUACCACUAGUACAUCAGAAACUAUAAAAUCCCUCCUUAAGAAUAAAGAAGACCAGAAAAUCAUUAAAACUGUCAAACCUAUUAAAAUAAAGAAACCGAAUGACUUAUUUAACCUUAUAAAAAUUCACACACAACCAUCCGUCUCACAAGAACCUAAAUCAUCUAUUGAAACAUAUACGAGUCAAAAUCAAGAAAAAAUAGCUGCUUCUAGUAAUUCAAACAAUACUCUAGGAAACUGUGAGCUUGUUAAAAAGAAUACUAAAUCUUAUAAACCAGUUGCUGAAAUCGCUCCUCAAGUAAAGAUUGUAACACCUAGGAAUGAAUCAACUACCUCGUCUACUUUCGAACCAAGUAUGUUUAUAUUAAAGCCAGAAGAGAUUAAUAAGAGGUCGUUACUUGGUCAAAUAACUGCUGAAGCUUGUGAAUUUGAACAAACUAAAGAGUCUAUGGAAAUGGAUAUUGAAAACUUUUUAGCAAAUUCCAGCGUUUGCAAAAUUUCGAAUUCAGAUGUUUUGAUAAUUUCGGACGACGAAGACGUUGAACAAGAUACAAUCAAAGAUGUUUGGAUACAAUCUACAAAUGUUGAAAACCUAGGAUGGAUUCCUGCAAAACGGAAUAACAAUAACGAUGUGUGCUUUGAGUUUCCUGGCUUUAAAUGUACAGACUUCUAUCCGGAAGAUGAAGCAUUUCGAAAGUUGAACUUGGUGUUUUCUAGAAAAGUUUAUGUACCAAAAAAUUUUCAAAUGCAGUGGGAAGUGGUUGAAAAUCAGAUGGAUCUAAAAUUUAAAAAACAAUUAAAAUCACAAGAUUUGCGACCAGAACUUGUUAUGACAAAACGAGGUUUACGACAUAAACAUGAGUUGAUGGAGAUAUUGAAAUCUAAGAAGAGGUUAUCAGAAACGGCACCUAAAGCAGUAGAAUUCGUAAAGAGGCGAAAAUUAAUUAUGGAACUAGAAGAUGCUACGAGUGCGAUGUUAGAAGAUAAUACUAAAGAACUUUUAAAUAAAACAAUCAGCAAUAAGGGUGUUUUGAUAAAAGCUUUAUCUGGUGCAAAUAAGGACAUGAGGGAGGAAAUGUCUGCGAAACUUAAUGCGCUCUUAUCUGAUUCAGACUGAACGUAAAAGCGGCGAGGUUUGUGUGUUAUGACGUAUCUUAACAUGUAAACUAUUGUAGAUUGGGAUUGAUAUAUAGUAGUUUGUAUUUGCAAAUAUCUGUAAACUUUUUGUGACUGAUUUUGUUUAAGACUGUUUAUUUUUAAUUCUUGCAAAUGUACACGUCACCGAAAACCUAACAGUAUAUCUCUGUUAUUUAGGUAAUUUUUACAAAUCUAAUGUGUUGUAUUUUAAUUGCAAGUCAGAUUGUUUUCCAUGGGUACCUUUUAAAAUAAUGGACACUACAUGACUAUAAGAUGUGACUAUGAUCUCAAUAUUUCUUUGAAUAUAGUAAAUAUUUAAUUGAGCCUUUGUAUUUUUACUUUAAUUUUUCUUACUAGUAUUAAGACUUUGCAUAAAACAGUAUUGGUGUCCUUUGUUAAUUACGUGUACAUUUUUAUUGUAUUUUUUCAGCAAUUUUUUUAAAUAUAAAAUUUUGUUCAUGUUCCAAAGCUUGACACUGCAAAGUGUUUACGACGAUAAGUUUUCUUAUACUAAAGGUCCGGUUUUAAAAUCCAUUGAAAGCUGUAUAAUUUAAAUUUGUAGAUUUGUACAUAAAUAAUAGAUUUUAUUAUCGAUUCAGUUGUGUGGACUAGUUGAAACUAAAUAUGUUCAUCAGCAAUUUUAUUAUUGAGACUUAACUAACAAUGUAAUUAAUGUGUGGAUAAAUCACAACGCUCCUUUUUAUUUCAUAAUUGCUUUUCAGAAGAUUUGAUUGUGUACCUAUUAGUAAAAUCAAUAAAUAGUUUUGAAUUUUUUUAAGUAGGUAUAACGUCGUCCACGUCCACCUUACCUUAUGUUUUCAAAUAGAUAGAUACGUACUAUAUUAACUAACUAUUACUGAUGUAAUUCACCUUGGAGACAAAAGUUGCUUUCUUUUUAAGGAACCUGGAAGAUAUUUAACUAGAAAGUAACCCUUAUGGUGAAUAAUUAAGUUAGCAUAAGUUUAUUUUAUAUCUUAAGUUUACGAUAUACUAAAAGGAGAAAUAUUAAGUUCAUUGUGUAAGACUUGUCCAAUGUCCAGUGUACAGUUAAUAAAUAUAACAAAAUAAUAUCAAUAUUAUGUUCUGUUGGGUUUAUUGUAGUUUAUAUAUCUUAAAGUUUCCUAUUUUUUCGACUAUACGUAAGGGUAAUAAUAAUUUAUAUGUCGUUACCAGUGAACUUUGCAUGUAUCCCAUAUUGUUCUUAUUUGGAGUUUGCUUAUUAAGUGUACAUUGUAUAAAUAAAAGCUUAAACUUUCUCCAAGUUGUUAAAUUUUGUUAUCUGCCCAACAAAUCUUAUCUGUGAUAAAUAAAAUAAGUUUUCAA